CGCAGGAAGGAGAUGCAGAUGUCCAUGUGUGAGGAAGGAAAUAUAUUACGACUCUGGGAAGGAUUAGAAGGGGGCGUGGCCAUGUGAGGUGCCGCUGGAGAAGGGGCGGUCCCACUACGGGCUCCGCCCAGCGCUUACGUCAGGUCUGUGUCCCAGUAGCGGCGGUGUCGGCUCCGGGGCCCGGGCAGCAGUCAGGCCGCGGCCAUGGAGCUGGAGGAGGGCGGCCUGGUGUACCAGGAGGAGGCGGGCGGCACGGCCGGGGCCGUCAUGUCGGAUCGGGUGUCCGGCCUGGCCGCCUCUAUCUACCGGGAGCUGGAGCGGCUGAUCGGCCGCUAUGAGGAGGACGCGGUGAAGCAGCUGAUGCCGCUGGUGGUGGCCGUGCUGGAGAACCUGGAAGCCGUGUGCGCCGAGAACCAGGAGCAUGAGGUGGAGCUGGAGCUGCUGCGGGAGGACAACGAGCAGCUGCUCACCCAGUACGAGCGGGAGAAGGCGCUGAGGAAGCACGCCGAGGAGAAAUUCAUUGAAUUUGAAGACUUACAGGAGCAGGACAAGAAGGAUUUGCAGGUUCGGGUGGAAUUUCUGGAAUCGCAAACCAGACAGCUCGAGCUGAAGGCGAAGAACUACGCCGAUCAGAUCAGUCGCUUGGAGGAGAGAGAAGCGGAGCUGAAAAAGGAAUACAACGCGCUUCACCAGCGACAUUCCGAGAUCAUUCACAAUUAUAUGGAACACUUGGAACGUACCAAGCUGCAGCAGCUGAUAGGGUCCGAGCAGCUGGAAUCUACUAUUCACAGUAAAAUUCGGAAGGAGCGGCCCAUCUCUCUGGGGAUCUUCCCGCUGUCUCCUGGAGACUCCCUGGUCCUGCCAGAGACUCGCGGGGCAGAGACGCCUGGAAAUGGACCCUGGAAACUGCAAGAGCAAAACCCUGCCCGCUGCAACAGCAGUCUAAAGGACGAGUUGUUCAGUCUCAGCCAUUCGGGGGUCAGGACCGCCAGCGCUGACACUGACAACAUGGUGCACGCUUCUUCCAAGGAGCAGAAAGACGAGGUCAUCAUGAAGGCGAAUCUAAAGAACAACAACGUCCAGAAGAACAAGAAAAAUGAAGACGUCCAGGUCAACCAGGAGACCCCCACAGCCUCCACAGAUACCAAUGAUAACGAGGAGAAAUCUGAGGUCCAGUCCAUCAUCGAGUCCACCCCGGAGCUGGACAUGGACAAGGAGCGGGCGUAUCAGAUGACCAGCACGCCAUCCAAGGGCAUCGAGAACAAAGCGUUUGACCGCAACACGGAGUCGUUAUUCGAGGAGCUGUCCUCCGCUGGAACGGACCUCAUUGGAGACGUCGAUGAAGGGGCCGACCUCCUGGGGAUGGGGCGUGAGGUGGAAAACCUUAUCCUGGAGAACACGCAGCUCCUGGAAACCAAGAACGCCCUGAACGUGGUGAAGAACGACCUGAUCGCCAAGGUGGACGAGCUGAUGUGUGAGAAGGACGUGCUGCAGGGCGAGCUGGACGCCAUCAAACAAGCCAAGCAGAAGCUGGAGGAGAAGAACAAGGAGCUGGAGGAGGAGCUGAAGAAGGCUCGAGCAGAAACCGAGGAAGCGAGACAGAAAUCCAAAGACGACGAAGAUAGCGACGUUCCCACGGCUCAGAGAAAGCGGUUCACGCGGGUGGAGAUGGCACGGGUGCUGAUGGAGCGGAACCAGUACAAGGAGCGGCUGAUGGAGCUGCAGGAGGCGGUGAGGUGGACGGAAAUGAUCAGGGCUUCGAGAGAAAAUCCUGCCAUGCAGGAGAAGAAACGGUCGAGCAUCUGGCAGUUCUUCAGCCGCCUCUUCAGCUCCUCCGGCACGGCUUCCAGGAAACCAGAGCUUCCCGUGAAUGUCAAGUACAACGCGCCAACCUCGCACAUCACCCCCUCCAUCAAAAAGAAGAGCAGCGCCCUGGCCAAACUACCCAGCGACAAAUCCAAAGCCUUCGACUUCCUCAGCGACGAUCUGUCCGGUGGCAGUGAAGCCUCUCUGACCUCCAGACGGGAGCAGAAGCGAGAGCAGUACAGGCAGAUGAAGGCACACGUCCAGAAGGACGACGGCCGCGUGCAGGCCUUCGGCUGGAGUCUUCCUCAGAAAUAUAAACCGGCAACAAACGGCAGCCAGAGUGACGGCAAAAUGAAGAAUUUACCGGUCCCCGUGUACCUGCGUCCCCUGGAUGAGAAGGACUCUUCUAUGAAGCUCUGGUGCGCCGUCGGCGUGAAUCUCUCUGGAGGAAAGACCAGGGAUGGAGGCUCCAUUAUCGGAGCAAGCGUCUUCUACAGCGAUGUCCAAGGCUCCGAGCUAGAGGAGCAGAAGCCCAGGAGCGAAUCCCAGAGCAGCCUCGAGAAACUGGAGCAAGAGUUAAAGGUGCAGCAGAAGGAGCUCAGACAUCAAGACGAGUUGUCCAGCCUGGUGUGGAUCUGCACCAGUACCCACUCCUCCACCAAGGUCAUUAUUGUGGAUGCCAACAACCCCGGGAACAUGCUGGACAGCUUCAUUGUCUGCAACUCCCACGUGCUGUGCAUCGCCAGCGUGCCAGGAGUAAUGGAAACGGACUACCCGACAGGAGAUUCCUCGAAGCUGGACUUGGACUCGGUUCAGGCGGACAAGUUGUCUUUAUCGGAGAGCCUGGUGAGCAGCAGCUCCUCGGGCGACCAGGGCACCGCUGGCGUCAGAGUCACCGCCGCCUCCGCUGAAGAUGUGGAGCCUGUUGUAUGCCAUACCCCAAGUGUUAUCUCUCCAGAGGGAGACAGUAAUCCAGAUCCAGACUCCACCAGUCCUGACCCGGAUGACAACGUCCCCACAGCGGAGGAGGCCACCGAGGCCACUGAAGCAGGCGACAGUCCUACAGACGAUGUUGCCGACAUCACGCAGGCGGGAAUCUACACGGAACACGUGUUCACUGACCCGCUGGGUGUCCAGAGCACGGCCGACGACGCCAGCAGCGAGUCUGACCUGUACAAAGAUGGCGUGGCCACGCUGCCCACCGAGCAGGACCUGAUGAGAGAGGAGGCGCAGAAGAUGAACAGCCUCUUACCCACCAUGUGGCUGGGGGCACAGAACGGACACCUCUAUGUACAUUCCUCUGUCACCCAAUGGAAGAAGUGUCUCCUGCAGAUCAAGCUGAAGGACUCCAUCCUGAGCAUUGUACACGUGAAGGGCAUUGUGCUGGUCGCCUUAGCGGAUGGGACACUGGCAAUAUUCCAUCGAGGCGUCGAUGGUCAGUGGGAUUUGUCAAACUACCACCUCCUCGACUUCGGCCGCCCGCACCAUUCCAUCCGCUGUAUGACGGUGGUACAUGAGAAGGUCUGGUGCGGAUACCGCAACAAGAUCUACAUUGUGCACCCCAAGACCAUGAAAAUAGAGAAAUCUUUUGACGCUCAUCCAAGGAAGGAGAGCCAAGUCAGACAGCUGGCCUGGGUCGGCGAUGGCGUCUGGGUCUCCAUCCGGCUUGACUCCACAUUACGGCUUUACCACGCACACACCUAUCAGCACCUACAGGACGUGGACAUCGAGCCGUAUGUUAGCAAAAUGCUCGGCACCGGAAAACUCGGCUUCUCUUUCGUCAGAAUAACCGCCUUGAUGGUGUCCAGUAACCGCCUCUGGGUAGGCACCGGCAACGGCGUCAUUAUUUCCAUACCCCUGACUGAAACCGUAAUACUGCACCAGGGACGGUUACUUGGGUUAAGGGCCAAUAAAGCUCUGUCCGGUCCCGGCAAUCGCCCAGGAAGCGUCAUCCGAGUCUACGGCGACGAGAACAGCGACAAAGUCACGCCAGGAACCUUCAUACCGUACUGCUCUAUGGCUCACGCUCAGCUGUGUUUCCACGGCCAUCGGGAUGCAGUGAAAUUCUUUGUGGCGGUGCCAGGUCAGGUGAUCCCCCCUUCGGCAGGGAGCGCUCCGGAUGUGGCCGGAGACAAAGGUGCAGUCUCUCAGCAGGAAGCAGACAGUGGUCCGAACCAGAAGUUCAUGCUGGUGAUGAGCGGUGGAGAGGGUUACAUCGACUUCCGAAUGGGUGACGACUGCUGCGAAUCUGAAGGUGUAGACGAGUUACAGUUCGAUCCCUCCAUGGCCAAGGUGGAGAGGAGUCACCUCAUAGUCUGGCAAGUGAUGUGUAACAGCAGCGACUGAAGCCGAGGCCGCCAACCGUGUGCAUGGUGUAGAUAUUUACCGCCACUGUUAUAUAUAUCUAUAUAUAUAUUUUUUCCACUUCGUAUACUUUUAUCUGACAUUUUAACACUUCAACCACUGCAUAAAAACCGCAAUCCUCGCUGCGUAACGAAACGCAUCGAGCCAGACACUACGCGGUUCUCUCCAAACACUACGUGGUCUGCUUUCAGUUUGCACUGCAGUGUAACUUCUACACGUACGGCCCGCAUCCAUUAAAGCCACUCUCCAUGUUCUGAACAUCCUCCGUGGUGAAAUACGGAAACGCUGCCUCAACUCGUACACAGUGGCUUCAAUUUUAGUGAUGGACUGUGAAAUCAAUUUUUCAUA